GUUGUCAAUAAGCUUCAUGAAAUUGACAGCCAAUUUCGAUUUUUUCAGAUGGAACUCCUAGCAGGGAAACCCGAGUAUGUUGUCACACAUCAUGAGUCGAGUUGUCGCUUUACGUUUGAUUUCUCUCAAGUAUAUUGGAACUCGCGAUUGCAUCCGGAGCACGACCGAAUUGUAAAACUGUUGGACCCCUCAGACGUAUUGGCAGACGUCUUCGCGGGUGUCGGUCCCUUUGCUAUACCAGCUGCCAAACUUGGAUGUGGCAUCUUUGCAAAUGAUCUCAAUCCGAACAGCGCGAAAUAUCUUUCUCAGAAUGUGGUUAAUAAUAACGUGGCAGAACUUGUACGAGUGUCUUGUGAGGAUGGCCGGAGCUUCAUUCGAGAUGUCUUCAUCGAUCAUGUCACCUUACCACUCCGCCAAACAAUCACCCAUUUAGUGAUGAAUUUGCCGGAUUCAGCGAUUAGCUUUUUGGAUGCCUUCCAAGGGGUGCUUUCCACACCAGUCCUCAUUGAGCAUUACACAAGAAUGCCCAUGAUACAUUGCCAUUGCUUUACUCGGGAGCUCGAAGAAGACAGAGCCCGACGAGUUGAACAAGUCCUGGGCCAUCCUGCAUCAGAAGAUGUUUGCAUCGUGCAUGUACGAUCCGUAGCACCUGGUAAGGAGAUGUACUGCAUAAGCUUCAGGUUACCUCGGGAAGUAGCCCUGGGCGAGGUGGCGGAGUCCUAG